AUGAGUCGAAUGCGUGAAGAAGUGGAGUUGGGGAAAAAAAGAGGCGACAGAGAGAAGUUUCAUGGACUUAUUGAGAUUAACAAAGCUGUAUUGUUUAUGCGAUGCUAUGGAAACAACCAUAUGGUUGCAAUGUGUGUCGCCCUGAUGGCAAAUAAGGACAGGGAGCUGGACGAGGAAGACAAGUCCGCUUUGAAUGAUGACCCUGUAGCUAAGAAUGUGGUUAUGGAACUCAAAGCUGAUGAAAAAUCUUAUUGCAUCACUCCUGUCCCACUUCAGGCACCAGCCAAGAAAAAACCCAAUGAUGAUACUGAUAUAGCGGAGCUCGGGGCACAUCUACGAGUUCUGCCACUAACAGAGGAGAUCCAGGAGUUUGACCAGGCUCAGGCAAACCAGAUCCCUUCUGUCAUACAUCAGUUUUCCUGCGAGUCAUGUGACAGGGACUGGUGGCGUUGUGUGCCUCAGAGGAAAGGGGUAUCAAGCUGUCAUCGAUGCAAAAAUAAGUAUGACCCUGUGCCAGCCAACAAAAUGUGGGGUAUAGCAGAGUUUAACUGUCCAAACUGUUUGCGGACUUUCAAGAGUAUUGUAUUAACAUAUGUUUCUGGUUUUGGUCGGAUGGAUGGAUGUUCUCCUUGUUAUGGCUGUCGCUCAGCCAUUUUCCCCACAAAGAUUCUACCACCAAUGAAGAGUAAGACGCCUGGGUCUAGAAGCAGAAAUCAGCACAGCUGCCUAGCUGAAGACUGUUAUAAUUGA